AUGGGAGGGGAGUUUCUGGGCAAGGAAGAACCAAGAAACUAUGGUGUUUAUGUAAGCUGCAGUCCCGUUCUCAAUCAAACCCACCCAACGCCUGAAGCAACCCAAGGACGCCCUCGCCACCCAACGCCACCGCAGCAAAAGAACGGUGAUCUCCUCGACAUCUCCUUGACAAGUAGUGUUUCAAGUAAGGGGAAAAAGAAAACCAUGGAAUAUCUAAAAUCAUCAGAGGAAACAGGAGAGGAAAAAAAUUCAAAUAAAGUUCCUUCUUGGAUAAAAAUAACAUUAACCAAUAGAAAGGAUGAAGCUUCGGAGGAUGGAAAGAAGAAGAAGAGGAAGACAAAUGAAUAA